AUGCGUUUCUCUACCCAGACCCUCAUUGCCCUCCUGGCCUCUCCUCUGUUGGCUCUUGCCGCCAGCGACAACGGCUUCACCAACUCUGACUGGAAUGGCAUUACUGCUGGAAAGGACUACACAAUCAAGUGGACCCCUACCACUGGUGGCACCGUCUCUCUCAUCCUUCGCUCUGGCGCCAACAACAACCUGACCCCUGGAGUCUACGUUGCUCGUAAGUGUUCCCAAGCUCACAGCAUGCAACCACAGAGCAAAUGCUAA